GCUGCUAUUUUUAUUUCCCAAAAAUAGCGUUCAUUCGAUGCCGAGGAUGCGAUGAAACUUCACUCACCGUGCGAUUCUCCGGAAUGAAGAGAAAUCGCCGGAGAAUUAUUCCUAUUAAUCUCGCGAACGUUUCCAUCAGUCAAUUAAAAUCAGUAUGACGGGCAAAUGGAAUUCCAACGCAGAAUACGAUCUGGGUUUUUACAAAUUAAUCAAUCGAGUAUUAGGAAUAUAUCCCUUGGAGUGUCACGAGAUAUUUUCCACAAUUCGAAUGAUCGUCGUUCUGACAAUAAACUGGAUUAUGCUGUACGAGCAAGCAAUAGAUCUGAUAUCCGGUUGUGGUAAAACGGAAGAAAUAAUAGAAUCCAUAGUGGGAGUUCUAUCGUACCCAGUGGCAAUUGCUAAAAUCAUAUUGCCCAGGUAUUACUGGAGAAAUAUGAAAGAAAUACUAGAGUCAGCUGUUGAGGAUUGGUCAAGGAAUAUUGAUACCGCAGCCCGCAAGACUAUGAUGGAGUGGGUGGCAAUCGGCAGAUUUAUAUUCAUCCUUGAGAUAACGAGCUUGUGCAUGUUAUUAACAUACACGACAAUAUCUCAUUUUCCAUUCUUCAUCUUGAAUCAAAAUCUCUUGGAAAAUGAUACAAUAGACAGGAAUUUGCCGUGGGGCAGCGGCUGUUGGUUGCCACCAAACACAUCGAACCAAAUAUUUCUCAUCGUUUACUUCGCAACUUGCGUACAACAAAUUGUGGGAAGUCUGAGUAACAUGGGAUUCGAUGUCUCCCUGUUCAUAAUUCUCAGUCAUAUGUGCGGACAAAUUGAAAUUCUAAAAGUUGAUAGAGGAAUGGGUACGGAUGCCACUAUGUUUGAUCCGUCGACAAAUCCCCAGAAAGUUUACCGUGAGUUCAUAAAUCGCCAUAAUCAUCUCCUUAAUUUAUGUAAUCUCUUCGAAAGAACAUUCAACAUUAUCAUACUGAUACAUAUGGUAUUGUAUCUUGGACUGGUUACAAUUCUACUUCUCAACACAUUCGUCGCGUGGUACUACCAGAAUAUCGCAAUGGUAAUAAAGGCAGUGUUUGAAUUAAUGAUAAUCUACGUGCAAUUAUUCGUGUACUGUUAUGCGGGUGAAAAGCUGACGAAUCAAAUGGAGAAUUUACGAGAUAAGGUUUACAGCUCACCAUGGUACACACUAUCGAAACAAUCCAUGAGGGAUGUGAGCUUCAUCUUGAGGAAAUUGAAUGAUCCAUUUCAUCUGACCUGCGGUAAAUUUUAUCGCAUGAAUAUGGACAAUUUCAAGAAUAUCGUAAAGGUAACGGCGUCGUAUUGUUCCGUGAUAAGGCUCAUGUUUUACGAUUAGAUCGUAUUUUUCAAGUAAAUGUAGUGUGCGCAGCAUAAAUGGAUGAAGGAUUAAUGUGAAAUUCGAUAAUAAAUUGGUU